AUGAAACCAGAUGUUAGUGCCCCCGGAGUAGGAAUCUUGGGUGCUUAUUCUCCAAUUGGUUCACCGUCAAGUAAUCAUGAUGAUACAAGAUCUGUCAAAGCUGGAAUAGCUGCAUAUGUGAAAGCCUUGCACCUUGAUUGGUCACCAGCUGCCAUCAAAUCAGCUAUUAUGACUUCAGCACGACCCAUGAAUGGAUCUAAUUUGAAGGAACAAAUUGGUGAAUAUGCUUAUGGAUCAGGGCAAAGCAUAUUUGGUGAAAGUAGUUAUUGCUAUGGAGCUUCUGAUAGAUCCUUGGUAAAACAUCUCAACUAUCCAGCACUUGCAGUUAAAGUUCGACCUAAGGCACCUUUCAGUGUCGGGCUUAAUAGAACAGUCACAAAUGUUGGAUUAGCAAACUCAAUUUACAAGGCAACGAUCUUACCAAAUCCUCAAAUUAACAUCAUUGUGGCCCCAGAGGUUCUAAUUUUCACAUCAUUGAACGAGAAGCAGAGUUUUGUUGUAACUAUCACUGGUGGGCAAUUACAAAAUGGAAUUGUGAUAGCCUCAUCAUUGACUUGGUUAGAUGGCACCCACAGCGUGCAGAGUCCAAUUAUUCUAAAUGUUUCAAGUUAA